AUGACCAAUUCUCUAGGCCAUCGACGCCUAUCACUCUUGAACUUACUUGCAUUUUGCUCCUUUCUUCUCCACUCCUCGCUUGUCCUGGGCUAUGCUCAUAGUCAUGCCAAACAUGACCAUCUUCAUCACCUCCAUGGGCAAUCUCUCCGAGCAGCAACCUUAGCCACAACAAAGGCUACGUCCACGGGCCAGGACGACUUCACUUGUGGCCCGGAUAAACCAUGCUCCAACGAAGCUUGCUGCGGCGAGGAUGGCUGGUGCGGCUACGGCCCCAAUUACUGCGGUGAUGGCUGCCAAUCCAACUGUGACGCCAAGGCUGAGUGCGGCCAGUUUGCUGCAACUGCUGGCAAGACGUGUCCUCUCAAUGUCUGCUGCUCGCAGCACGGCUUCUGCGGCACGACGGCUGACUUUUGCAACGACGGCUGCCAAUCCAAUUGCGACAGCCCCAAGCCUAACGCAGCCGCUUCAGACCCUCAGAAGGUCGUCAUCGGAUAUUGGGAGACGUGGAAUAUGGACAAACCCUGCGGCACUAUGGGCCCAGGAGAGAUCCCCGUUGAGCUGCUCACUCAUCUUUUUGUUUAA